AUGUCACUUGGGAAACAGCCUUCAGAUCACAUAAAGAGACCGAUGAACGCCUUCAUGGUGUGGUCGAGAGGUCAGAGGCGGAAAAUGGCACAAGACAAUCCUAAAAUGCACAAUUCAGAAAUAUCGAAGCGGCUCGGAGCGGAAUGGAAGCUACUCACUGAGAUGGAGAAGCGACCUUUCAUUGAUGAAGCGAAAAGAUUACGGGCCCUGCACAUGAAAGAGCAUCCAGACUACAAAUAUAGACCGAGACGGAAACCGAAGGCUCUCGUCAAGAAGGAACCCAAGUUUGGAUUCAACAUAUCCGGACUUAUGGCGCCAGUACCACGGCUGGUAGCCCCUUCCCUUCCACAGCCGAUACCCCAACUACCAGUCCCUCAUCACUUGUUACAAGAAAAGCCCGACCUGAGUCGAGCACUGUUCCCGCCAAUACCAUACCCGUUUUAUCCAUUCGCGAAGAUUCCGUCCGAUGAUGGGAAGCUGGCUGCUGAACUCGCUCACUUGCAAGCGCUGUACGGAGGUGCUUUAUACAGCUCAGCGCUAUACAGCAGUGCACUAUCUCCUUGUGGGUGUCCACCACGACGGUCCCCCUCUCCCCCUCCGGACGUCAAGCGCCCUGUCGCUUACGUCCUCAUGAAGAACGACGAGGAACCACCGCAACACGUCAUAUGA